AUGGUUGAAGAGCUCUGCUCCAAGGCAGAGUCCAAAGAGGGUGAAGAACUUCGCAGUCGGUGGGUAGAGGUGAAGAGGGGACUUGGUGCCAGAAUGAAGAUCCUGCACAAUCUGUGCGAGAACCACGACCUUCUCAUUAAUCAACUUGAUCGUUUCGAAAAGCUCAUGUCGGAUAUGCUUGACUACCUGAAUUCGGUUUCCAAAGCCCAGCCCUCGGAAUCCUCGGCCAUUGAAGCACAGCUGCAAGAAAGCGUCGAGGCCCUCCGUGACAUGGAGAAUAUGCGUCCAGACUUGGCUUUAAUGGACGUCGAUGCAAACAAACUUGAGGAAUUCUUCUCCCCAGCCUACCUCCAGGUAUUAUUUCCUACUUAUUUGUUAACACUAUUAAGUGCAGACACGUUACAUUUUCAAAAUUAG